CAAAAACAGCAAAAAUGGCUGAUAAUUUUGAUAUAUACAAAGAGUUUGCUAAGGAGAUGUUCAACGAAGAUGACGAUGAAUAUGAGAAAUAUCGACUUCAUCUCUUUAACAAACUUCACGGGGAAGGAUCUUCAUCAACCCCUCGAAGAAUGAUAUACAGAGACCGUGAAGCAGGCCAUGAACGUCUCGUGAAAGAUUAUUUUGCAGAAAAUCCGGUCUAUACUCCGGAAACAUUUCGUAGAAGGUUUCGAAUGGGGAGGCAUGUAUUUCUUCGUAUUGUCGAUGCACUCUCAAAUUUCGAUCCAUACUUCCAACAAAGGGUAGAUGCAUUGGGAAGAAAAGGAUUAUCACCACUACAAAAAUGCACUGCAGCCAUGCGUAUGUUGGCAUAUGGAGUGUCUGCUGAUGCUGUUGAUGACUAUGUGCGAAUUGGCGAAUCAACUGCGAUUGAAUGCUUAAAAAAAUUUGUGACCGAUGUUAUUUUGGUUUUUGAAGAGGAAUACUUGCGAAAACCAAAUUCAAAUGAUGUUUGGCGUUUAUUGGAGAUGGGAGAGGCUCGUGGGUUUCCCGGUAUGAUGGGGAGUAUCGAUUGUAUGCAUUGGCAAUGGAAGAAUUGUCCUAAAGCAUGGAAAGGGAUGUUCAUGGGUGGUCACAAAGGUGUUCCAACACUCUUACUUGAAGCUGUCGCCUCAUCUGAUCUAUGGAUAUGGCAUGCCUUUUUUGGAGUUGCUGGAUCUAACAAUGACAUAAAUGUCUUAGAAAGGUCUCCAUUAUUUGAUGAAGUGCUAGAAGGCCGUGCCCCUGAAAUUAAUUAUACGUUGAAUGGCAACAAUUAUAAUUUGGGGUACUAUUUAGCUGAUGGAAUAUAUCCAGAAUGGGCUACAUUUGUGAAAACAAUUCCACGCCCACAAGGUGAGAAGAGAAAGUUAUUUUCCAAAUAUCAGGAAAGUCAACGAAAAGAUGUUGAACGGGCAUUUGGUGUGUUGCAGUCUCGCUUUGCAAUUGUACGUGGCCCUGCACGAUUCUGGGAUAAAGGAGAUCUCGCUAGAAUUAUGAGAGCAUGUAUCAUACUUCACAAUAUGAUUGUCGAGGACGAAAGAGACACAUAUGCUACUCCAUUUGGUCCGCUACCAUGUUACGAUGACACAAGAAAUGGAAUACCGGAACCAAAUUUAGGGGAGGAACCUUUUGUUCCGUAUGAAAACUAUAUUCAAAGAACCACCCAAAUUCGUGAUCGACAAAAAUUUCGCCAAUUGCAGAAUGACUUGGUGGAGCACAUCUCACAAUUCGACAAUAGCCGUUAA